CUUCCUCUCUUCCAGCUCCUCUAUACCCUCCCCGGUUGGACCCUCCCUCUCGUCCAUCAUGUUGUUCCGCGCUGCGGUCCGUCAGUCCGCGCCCUUGAGGCGUCAGGCCCUCACUCCUCUUGCUCGUCGCUCCGUCACCACCGACGCCGCUUCGUCGCAUGCUGAAAAUGUCCCCCAGGAGGAUGACAAGCCCUUCACUGUCCGCCUCUCCGACGAGAGCUUCGAGACCUACGAGAUCGACCCUCCCCCGUACACCCUGGAGAUCACCAAGAAGGAGCUCAAGCAGAUGUACUACGACAUGGUUUCGAUGAGACGUAUGGAGAUGGCCGCCGACCGUCUUUACAAGGAGAAGAAGAUCAGAGGUUUCUGCCACUUGUCUACCGGUCAGGAAGCCGUCGCCACCGGUAUCGAGCACGCUAUCACCCGCGACGACAAGGUCAUCACUGCCUACCGUUGCCACGGUUUCGCCAUGAUGCGUGGUGGUACCGUCCGCUCAAUCAUCGGUGAGCUGCUUGGUCGCCGUGAGGGUAUCGCCUACGGAAAGGGUGGUUCCAUGCACAUGUUCGCCCCCAACUUCUACGGUGGUAACGGUAUCGUCGGUGCUCAGGUCCCCGUCGGUGCUGGUCUCGCUUUCGCCCAGCAGUACAACGAGGAGCCCACCACCUCCAUCGUCCUCUACGGUGACGGUGCCUCCAACCAGGGUCAGGUCUUCGAGGCCUUCAACAUGGCCAAGCUGUGGAACCUCCCCGUUCUGUUCGGUUGUGAGAACAACAAGUACGGUAUGGGUACCUCCGCCGCUCGUUCCUCCGCCUUGACCGAGUACUACAAGCGUGGUCAGUACAUCCCUGGUAUCAAGGUCAACGGCAUGGACGUCCUGGCCACCAAGGCCGCCGUCAAGUACGGUAAGGACUGGGCCGUGGCCGGCAACGGCCCCCUGGUCUACGAGUACGUCACCUACCGUUACGGUGGUCACUCCAUGUCCGACCCCGGUACCACCUACCGUAGCCGUGAGGAGAUCCAGCGCAUGCGCAGCACCAACGACCCCAUCGCCGGUCUCAAGCAGAAGAUCCUCGACUGGAACGUCUGCUCCGAGGACGAGCUCAAGUCCCUCGACAAGGCCGCCCGUGCCCACGUUGACGAGGAGGUCGCCAUCGCCGAGAAGAUGCCCCUUCCCGACAACACCCCCCGCAUUCUCUUCGAGGACAUCUACGUCCGUGGCUCCGAGCCCAAGUGGAUGCGUGGUCGCACUGUCGACGAGACCUUCUACUACUAGAUAUACCCAUAACCACUCCAAUCCAAAUCUAGAUAUGUUUCUUUAAAAACACAAGGCUCCCUAUUUUCCAGUGUGAAGAAAUGAACCUUCAGUUGGCAAGAACUCUGGAUGAUGAUGACAAGGAAAGAAGAAAAAAAAAGGAAGAAGAAAGGAGGAGCAAGUGAAGGAAGUAGGUCAUCCUUUUGUUUUUUCUCUCUGUUGUGUUUGGAAACGCAAAAGUUUAGACCGCGC